AUGUUUACAUCUAUCUAUCUAUCUAUCUAUCUCUGGCUUUCUCUUUGCUUAUUGACACUACCUGACCGAAUUAACGCCUGUCCGGUUGGUUUGGCCGGCUUUUCUCAUUUACCGCGCUCUUUCCUUCCUUCCUUCUUUCAUUUUUCCUUCUUUCCUUCAUUCCUUUAUUUCCCGUUUUCUUUCCUUCUUUCUUUCCUUCUUUCUGUUAUCCUUUUUUUCUUUCCUUCCUUCAUUCCUUCCUACUGUCGUUCUUUCCUUCCUUCUUUCCUUCUUUCUUUUCUCCUUUCUUUCUUUCCUUCUUUCCUUCCUUCUCUCAUUCUUUCCUUCCUUCUUUCCUUCUUUCUUUUAUCCUUUCUUUCUUUCCUUCUUUCCUUCCUUCUCUCAUUCUUUCCUUCCUUCUUUCCUUCUUUCUUUUAUCCUUUCUUUCUUUCCUUUUUUCCUUCCUUCUCUCAUUUUUCCUUCCUUCUUUCUUUUACCCUUUCUUUCAUUCCUUCUUUCCUUCCUUCUCUCAUUCUUUCCUUCUUUCUUUCCUUCUUUCUUUUACCCUUUCUUUCCUUCCUUCUUUCCUUCCUUCUCUUGUUCUUUCCUUCUUUCUUUCCUUCUUUCUUUUACCCUUUCUUUCAUUCCUUCUUUUCUUCCUUCUCUCAUUCUUUCCUUCUUUCUUUCCUUCUUUCUUUUACCCUUUCUUUCCUUCCUUCUUUUCUUCCUUCUUUUCUUCCUUCUUUCUUUUACCCUUUCUUUCAUUCCUUCUUUCCUUCCUUCUCUCAUUCUUUCUUUCCUUCUUUCUUUCGUUCUUUCCUUCCUUCUUUCUUUUAUCCUUUCUUUCCUUCCUUCUUUCCUUCCUUCUCUCAUUCUUUCCUUCUUUCUUUCCCCUUUUUUUUUCAUUCUUUCCUUUUUUCUUUCUUCCUUCUCUCAUUCUUUCCUUCUUUCUUUCCUUCUUUCUUUUCUUUCUUUCAUUUCCUUCUCCUUUCUUUUAUCCUUUCUUUCCUUCCUUCUUUCGUUCUUCCUUCCUUCAUUCUUUUUUCCUUCUUUCCUUCCUUCUUUCCUUCUUUUCAUUUUUCUUUCUUUCCUUCCUUCUUCCCAUUCUUUUCCUUCUUUCUUUCCUUCCUUCGCCUCCUCAUCCUCCUUCUUCUUCUUCUUCAUUUGAAUAACUUUUCUUUCUAUCAGAAUCUGUUCAGUAUAUCUCCCAUUCUCUUAUACUCUCUCUGUCUAUCUCUUUCUAGUAAUUCUUUCACUCUCUGUCUAUCUCUUUCUAGUAAUUCUUUCACUCAUUGUCUAUCUCUUUCUAGUAAUUCUUUCACCCAUUGUCUAUCUCUUUCUAGUAAUUCUUUCACUCUCUGUCUAUCUCUUUCUAGUAAUUCUUUCACUCUCUGUCUAACUCUUUCUAGUAAUUCUUUCACCCAUUGUCUAUCUCUUUCUAGUAAUUCUUUCACUCUCUGUCUAUCUCUUUCUAGUAAUUCUUUCACUCUCUGUCUAUCUCUUUCUAGUAAUUCUUUCACUCUCUGUCUCUCUCUUUCUAGUAAUUCUUUCACUCAUUGUCUAUCUCUUUCUAGUAAUUCUUUCACUCUCUGUCUGUCUCUUUCUAGUAAUUCUUUCACUCUCUGUCUAUCUAUUUCUAGUAAUUCUUUCACUCUCUGUCUAUCUCUUUCUAGUAAUUCUUUCACUCUCUGUCUGUCUCUUUCUAGUAAUUCUUUCACUCAUAGUCUAUCUAUUUCUAGUAAUUCUUUCACUCUCUGUCUCUCUCUUUCUAGUAAUUCUUUCAAUCUCUGUCUAUCUACUUCUAGUAAUUCUUUCACUCAUUGUCUAUCUCUUUCUAGUAAUUCUUUCACUCUCUGUCUAUCUCUUUCUAGUAAUUCUUUCACUCUCUGUCUAUUUCUAGUAAUUCUUUCACUCAUUGUCUAUCUCUUUCUAGUAAUUCUUUCACUCUCUGUCUAUCUCUUUCUAGUAAUUCUUUCACUCUCUGUCUGUCUCUUUCUAGUAAUUCUUUCACUCAUAGUCUAUCUAUUUCUAGUAAUUCUUUCACUCUCUGUCUAUCUCUUUCUAGUAAUUCUUUCACACUUUGUCUAUCUCUUUCUAGUAAUUCUUUCACUCUCUGUCUAUUUCUAUAAUUCUUUCACUCUCUGUCUAUCUCUUUCUAGUAAUUCUUUCACUCUCUGUCUGUCUCUUUCUAGUAAUUCUUUCACUCAUAGUCUAUCUAUUUCUAGUAAUUCUUUCACUCUCUGUCUAUCUCUUUCUAGUAAUUCUUUCACACUUUGUCUAUCUCUUUCUAGUAAUUCUUUCACUCUCUGUCUAUUUCUAGUAAUUCUUUCACUCAUUGUCUAUCUCUUUCUAGUAAUUCUUUCACUCUCUGUCUAUCUCUUUUUAUUCAUUCUUUCACUCUGUGUCUAUUUCUUUCUAUUCAUUCUGUCCGUCUUUCUCUAUAUAGUUCUGUUCAUUCUUUUCUUCUUUGCCUAUUUCUUUUUGUUCAUUCUUUCUUUGUCUAUCAUUUGCUCUUCACUCUUUCCAUCUUUCUCUAUCUCGUUCUCUUCAUUCUUUUCUUCUUUGUCUAUCACGUUCUGUUUAUUAUCUUCGUCUUUCCCUAUUUGUGUAUCUCUUCCUCUUCCUUCUUUCCCUCUUUGUCUCUUUCUGUUCCCGCUUUCUCCUCUCAAUCACGUUCCGUUCAUUCUUCCCCCCCUCUACGUCUAUCUUUUUCUGUUCCAUCUAACUCCUUCUGUCCCUUUUUCCACUCUUUGUCUAUUUUUAUUCUCUUUAUUCCUUCCUUCUUUGUCCAUCUCCUACUCUUCAUUCUUUAUCAACAGAGAAAUAGAGAAAAUAUGA